GGUGAUUAAAUGCCCGAGUGUCGGCGCUGGAGGAGGCGGGCACAGUGACUGCUGUGUAUUAACGGGUAGGCUCGUAUUAUUAGCAAAGGGACACGACUAUAUUGUCUCCAGGCAUCGCAGGUCAUAAGCAGAAUGGCGGCUCCAAAGAAAGUGUGCAUUGUCGGGUCCGGCAACUGGGGCUCGGCGAUCGCGAAGAUCGUCGGCGCCAACGCCGCGGCGCUGGCCAAAUUCGACAAGACGGUCAGGAUGUGGGUCUUCGAGGAGAUGGUCAACGGCCGGAAACUGACCGAGAUCAUCAACACUGACCACGAGAACGUCAAGUACCUGCCCGGGCACAAACUGCCCCCCAAUGUGGUGGCAGUGCCCGACGUUUUAGAAGCAGCAAAGGACGCCGAUAUCCUGAUCUUCGUGAUCCCGCAUCAGUUCAUCGGGAAGCUGUGCGACACCCUCAAGGACAAAGUGAAGAAGGACGCCAUCGGAAUCUCGCUCAUCAAGGGUGUGGAUGAGGGUCCAGAGGGUCUCAAGUUGAUCUCUGCUAUUAUCCGCGAGAAGCUGGGCAUCGCGGUGAGCGUGCUGAUGGGGGCGAACAUCGCCAACGAGGUGGCGGAGGAGAAAUUCUGCGAGACCACCAUCGGCUGUAAGGUGAAAGAGCAUGGAGCGCUACUGAAGGAGCUCAUGCAGACUCCCAACUUCCGCAUCACUGUGGUGCAGGAGGCAGACGUGGUGGAGAUCUGCGGGGCGCUCAAGAACGUGGUCGCGGUGGGCGCUGGGUUCUGUGAUGGCCUGGGUUUCGGUGAUAACACGAAGGCUGCUGUGAUCCGGCUGGGUCUGAUGGAGAUGAUCUCGUUUGCCCGGCUGUUCUGCACCGAGGGGCCCGUCUCCUCCGCCACCUUCCUGGAGAGCUGCGGGGUGGCUGACCUCAUUACCACCUGCUACGGGGGGCGCAACCGCAAAGUGGCUGAAGCGUUCUCCAAAACCGGCAAGUCUAUUGAAGAGCUGGAGAAGGAGAUGCUGAACGGACAGAAGCUGCAGGGACCGCAGACUGCAGCCGAGGUGCACCGCAUCCUCGCAAGCAAGAACCUCGUGGACAAGUUCCCCCUCUUCAACGCAGUCUACCAGAUCUGUUACGAGGGACACCCCGUCAAAGAGUUUAUCCAUUGCCUGCAGAACCAUCCCGAACACGUGUAGCCUGGCACCGGACCGGAACCAGAAACCCGGGGGAGGGGGGAAGGGAGUGGGGCACUUUGUCAAUUGAAAGAAACUGAUCUAGCAAUUACUUUUUUAAAUUUUUUUUAUUUAAAAUCGGUCAAUCUGGCUACAGGCAUACAGCACACUGCAGUGCAUUGCCUGGGUUCUGACACCGCUAGACUCGCCCGAUAAAGAUGUAGAGGGUGAUGACUGGUAUAGACUCGAAGGGUCUGAUUGGUUGAACCGGACCCCUUUUAUUGUGAUGUCACUCCAGCGGUAGACCUUUUUUUGCAGUUGCUCAUAAUUCCCUGAAAGUAUAUAUUUACUGUUUGGGUCUCAUUUUAGCGUUGUCUCCUCCCUUGCAAUGCUAUUGCCCCUGCUGUUCCACUGUUGCCUUACCACAUUACCCCUGAAGAUCAUUUGCAUCAUUAACUCCACCUAAUGAGUGUCACAGAGCUGUGACAUCAUAAUGAGGGUCUAAUCAACCAAUCAAAACUGA